AUGCGAGAUUUCCCGUACUACUACGAGAUCAAGCCAGGCUCCCAGGUGUUUCAAGGAUGUCCAGGUGUCAGGUCAUGCACAGUGGCCACAGACUCUAACGUUCCCGCUGAUCUGGUCAUUCUCUUCUCCACCAACAGCAACAGUCGCAACUAUACAAGUCCGCCUCCACGACCAGCGAAUCAGAUCUGGGCAUACUUCGCCGUCGAGGCUCCUCCACACUCGUACAGCUCUGUCCUGGGGUCACCAGCAUGGCGGCUGUACUUCAACUGGACCAUGACCUAUCGCCUGGAUUCCGACAUUCGCUUCGGCUACGGUAUAGUGGUCAAAACGUCCAACGACUCAGGAUCAUCUGACCAUAAAACUUACGAUGAGAGUGCUCUGAUGAAGAAAAUCCGAGAGCUGUGCCAGGGGUGGACGUUUACGGGACCUGCGGGUCGCUCAGUGCGAGAAAGGAUUAAGCAGCUGCUACGAGAUGCUGGAACGGAUUAUUUCUUCUACCUGGCAUUCGAGAACUCGCUGUGCACGGACUACGUCACGGAGAAGGCGUUCCUGACACUGAAGUACGACGUGGUGCCCGUGGUGCGGGGAGGAGCCAACUACAGCAGCCUCGUCCCGCCCAUGUCCGUCAUCGACACGUCCGCCUUCCAGUCCAUCCUGGACCUUGGGCGCUACCUGCAAUACCUGAAGGACAACCCCACGGAGUACCUGCGCUACCUGCGGUGGAAGAAGGACUACGUCAUCGUCGAGCCCCAGCCGCUGCCGUGGUGUGAGCUGUGCUCCAAGGUGCACGAGGCGACGUACGGCAAGCAACGUCCUCAGGCUUACGUCAACGUCAAUUCCUGGUGGGUUGACGGCACGUGUAGACAAGCCAAUGAUCUUCACAUAUAUGGACAGUUUUAGGCCUAAUCAAGAUGUGGGACACAAUCAAAUUUUUGGCAGUUGUAGCCAUGUUGAGAUGUGUAGUAAUUCUAGUAGUUGAUGUUGACAUUUCUACGUUAGCUUCCGGAUAAAGGGGGGUUAGAUUCUCGAAACAGAAGUGACAAGGAACCAUGCACGUCAAGUGUAGGAAAGCGUCAGGAGGAAAGAAGCAUCUACAUUUGAGAACAGGUGUUAGGUUGUCGAGACUCAUUGGUUAGUGCGGAAAGACUCUUCUCGAAGGAUUUCCGGAAGGAGGUAGAUAUGGGAACAGACAGACUAUGUUUAUGAAAGAAAAUAAUCCCGAGAUGGGAUGGUGCACAAGACUACUUCCUCUUGCUUGUCUUUCCCGAGUAUUUGUUUCCCGUUUGUACUCGGAUUGUCUUUCCUCUGCCACAGAUCGGUCUAACCUUUCAAAGUUCACCUUCUGUGUCAGUACUCAACUAGCAUUCUGCUUGUGCGACAUGAUUGACAACGAAAUCUUUAUGAUCGUGGGAAUGACACACCACUUUCGUUUAAGUAGGGGAAACUGUUUUUUUAAUUCCUUUUAUUCGUGUUUAAAUAAGUGGAUCUUGAAAUGUUAUUGUGAGGCUUAAAAAGUGUUGUUGUUGUUAAUUUUUUUGUUGUUUUUGUUGUUGUUGUUGUUGUUUUAUUAUGUUUGUUUGGAUCACAAGUAUGCUGUGCGAAACCUGCCACACAAUAUACAAUAAAAAGUUAAAACUGUAAGUCGAAGGGGAUCAUAACAAAAGCGCAGGCGGGAGACUGAAUGCUGCCUCUUGUCGAAGGAAAACAGAAGUACUCAAAAGUCAAAAGCUUUCUUGUAUAUCUCAUUUAAAAUUUCAGUAUCCGUCUCAUUUCCCAGUCUAAAACAUAAUUGUCCGAUCAAUGGUCUCCAACUUCAAAAUCUGUGGGUUAUAGUAUUUUUAAUUACACUAUCCGAGAUCUCGGUCGUGUAUGUGAAAGGGGAGGCAAUCGUAUUUCUUAUAGAGACAGUAAACAGCAGUUC